GAGGACUUCCCUCGUUCCGCCGAUGCUCGGGCUACGAGCUCGAGGCCGCGCAGCCAACUCUAGUCUAAUAGAUUAGCCCGCCCGGGCUCACACUCGCAUGGCUUCGGCCGUGCAUUUCAGCGAAACGUUUGAUAGAGACAACGGGUCUUGCAGAAAGCGGCUGAAGCUCUUGGAGUCAGAUCAAUGUCUCUUGGAUACGCUGGAGCGAAACCUAGAAGUGCAAUUUGUUUCUAAUAGUGCGUCCCUCGUUAUUCUCGCCUCUUCCACUGGUUGCUGUUGCUGUCAGGCAACACUUCAGAUACAGUCCUAUGUACACCGACUGAAACCUUCAAGGUGACCAAGGUUGAGUCAUCCAACUCAACCCUACUCGCAAGCGGAUGCCUCAUCGGGGGCACAAGUGGAAUCAUUCGAUCUUCAGUUAGAUUCCAUUGGGAAAUAUGCCGUACCACUCCACGCGUUGACUUCAGGCUGAGCCUCCCGGUAUAUAGUGAUGAAAACACGUCUGUGGGUGUAGCACCAAGCUUGACGCAAGUUCAAUCUUAUAGUCAGGCGUCGUGUGCUGAGCUUGAACAGACCCUUCAGACGAGCACGAUCCUUCUCAAUGAGACGGGAGGGCAUUUUUAUCUAAAAGAAACAACACUGCAUCAAUGUCUAGACCAGAUCUUGAUGGUGAUUUCACUUAAAGGCUGGCCACCAUCGGCGAUUCCACUCAAAGCUUGUGCUGAAGAUGCUGCAAAACAUGGUUCAGACAUUAUCUUAACCACACAUUGCCUCAAACACUUUGCCCUUUUUUUGUCUCCAAGUGGAAAAGUGAACCUGGAUGUUCGACGUGUAGCUCGUACACUCACGAGAUCUCUAUUUGUUACCAAAGAGAUCUACGAAUCCACGAGACACCUAUUGAACGACCUUCAUGACUGUCUCCCGGUGAGUUUUCGCUAACAUAUACCUGGCUGCAUGCUUGCACCUACAGGCUCAAAUUGAGCCCGCAAUGUCCUGGCUCGAUGGAAUAAUUACUGUAUCUGUGAAUGGGGAAGUUGCACUCGCUACUGACAAAGGUCGCACCUGAUCUAUUUAUGAAUUACUUGUAUGACCGAAACACCCCCGCUAUGCAAUCGGUGCAUAGGGCUACCUCGGAGUCCCCUUGCUUCGUGCGCCACAGGAGAUGGAGGAGGGGGCUAGCGCAUGCGCCUCCAGGGAUCCAAGGGUCUAUCUCUGCCCUGGGCUCUCAAUCAUGGUUGUAAGUAGGUCACUGGUCGUACGUGGCGCCGCCGUCGCUCGUGCUGAAGAGUAGGCAAACGCCCGGCCCGCCGUUGUUCCAUUGGUUGGGGUUAGAGGGUCACUGUGAGGGCGGGCCCAAGAGAGCUGCUCUCCGCGAGGCCCUAAAUCGGCGCGGUCGCAAAUAAAUCUCCAAUUUCCUGGUAGGGAAGCGCCUGACCUGAGCGCAGAGCGACGCACCUCAAGCAGUUCACCAGUUGUCCGUCGCCACAUGCCAACCUGCAGGCGGUCGGGAGAGCAUAUUCGGUGAUGUCGAUGACGGGCCACUUGGGCAUCUAGCGCCGUGUGCACUCCAACGGACGUUCGAAUGACCACACCGCGCAAGUGGAACGGACUUAGAAGCCAGCGACUCCAACCGCAGGGAGUCGAAUUCGCCCGAGAGCGGCAUGUGUAGGAUGUUGGACGUACUCUCCAGGCCGGGCCGCACCGCUGGCCCUCGGAACCCCUCGUACCUUCUCAAAUUCACUCAUACUUCUGCUGGCUUCUCCGGGUGCUUUUGGAGUGGGACCAAGUAUGUACUACUAGUCCGACACACUCUAGUUGGCGCGUGGGGUUUUGGGGGCACUCUACGGCUAGCGUGGAGCCGCAUUUGUGCCGCAAGCGCGUGUGGAGGUCCUAGGAACUCGUCCGCGCCUGGCGUAAAGAGCGCGCGUUGAAAGCUAGCCGCCUCGGCGGUCUGCGAGUGCCCAA